CGGAGCUACGACGGUUUGCGGCUCUCUCCACGUUACGAGUCCAACAAAUGCGCGCGCCGAGAGCUUUGCAAGCUCAUGGUUACGAGUUUGAAACCGCAGGCGUCCAAUUCACCGGCUUCGUUUCGCCCGUAGGUGAAACAAAACUAUAAAACCAACUCGUCGUACGCGUCUUAUCUUUUUGAUUAACCAAUAGUGGUGUGUACAUCGUUGGCGUUAACUUUGGUGUGGACCUGUGCGGCCGGUCGCUCUUUGAGCUUGCGAGUGUUCCCGUGUACGCGGUGUCACGGUGCCACGGACAUCGCUGCUGGAGUCUCCGUAGGCGCCGCCAAGCCUCGCCAGCAUGGGAUGCUCGGGUCUGCUCUUGUGCUGUCUGCUCGUCGGCGUUUGUCUUCAAGUCUCGGAGCAGUUGAUCAUGAGAAAGACCGAGAUCCCAGCAUCGGUGAGAGCUGGCGAGGAUUACGUAAUCCUGGAUUGCGACUACGAGUUCCAGAACACGUCGACAAAGGGCCUAGUGGUCAAGUGGUACUUCAACACAUUUGACCUAGUUUACCAAUGGAUCUACGGCACAGCAGCUCAGGCCAUAGAACCGGCCUCCAAGUACAUCGACCUCCAUUACAAGGCCAGCAACGAUCCCAACAAGAUGUACCGAGCCAUGAAGCUCACGCAGCCUGACAUUGAUCUCACGGGCAACUACACUUGCCUCAUUUCCACCUUCCAGGACGAGAUAUCGGCCAAUAUGCCCAUGACCGUUUAUUCUACCGGCCGAGAGGACGAAUUCAAACUGUGGCACAGAAAAAUGGGUCAGAACGGAGACGACAGCGUUGAAGUGACCUGCCAGGCGGUUGGACUGUAUCCCAAGCCAACCCUCGAUAUCAGCGUCGAGGGUAUGUCGAAGCUGCAGUCGCCGAGGCCGAUAAUCACGGAAACCGAAGACGGCCAUUACAACAUCGUGUCGUACCUCACACUAGACAACACAGAACUCCCCGAUUCGGUGGUCAUCAACUGUAUGCUGGGAAUCCCGAGCGUGAGCUACAAUGUGACCAAGAAAAUUGUCUAUAUUCCACCAGGAAGGCCUACUACCACGGCUAUCGCAAUCACUGCCGGCGGUACGACAAAGCUGCUGCGAAAAAUGGAGAUCCAGGCACUUGACAAUUCACAAGCCGACGCUAGCAGUGGUGGUGGAAAUUCGGGUGACCGGGUCAGGACGAGCUUACUCGUUAUACUGAUGAGCGUGUCCGGCUUUGUUUAUCUCGCCCACUGAAGCCUCUUUCCAAUGAUCCAGACGAAGCGACUUUUUUCAGCCAAAGAAUCGGAUGUGGAUCAGCUACGAAAAAAAACUACCAGCGAUGCAUAUCAGUGUCACGUGACUGUUUCACGCCAAAGAGAUGAUUCGCGACUAGUUCGCGAACGCAAAUGUAUGAAAUUAAGCUGUACAUAAUAUAAAAGGCGUCAGAGUUCUGUUAACAAAGGUUCAGAGAAUAUAAAUGAUAAAUCGACGAUUACGUUAGGGGAGUGUGAUUUCACAAUCAACAUUUUAUCGAGUAAUAGUUUCCGCUCAAUAUUCAGUAUUUCAUGCAACAAGAGAUAGUUUUAUUGCGAAAAACUCGACAUCCAAAUAAUUUUUUUUUUUUUUUUUUCGAGUAAACGAUUUCUCCCUAUGAUUUCAUUUUAUUUUGCCUCUUCUUAUCCGUAACGUCCAUAAGUGAAGAUAUUUCAAUAGUUCAUGCAACAACGAGGCAAUUAAUAUAUUGACACUACAAAUUAUAAUGGAGCUUGUGAAAAUAUCAAUAUUGAAUCAGAACUUUAAUUACAUAAUAAUAAUAUGUUCCAUACAUAUAUAUUAUGCAGGUGUACUGUAUCAUAAUAUAUACUUAAAGCGCACAAUUUUUGCACAUUUACGGUCGAAAUUCUGCGAUAAAAAUUUUUCCAGUCAACAUGUGUACAUAAAUUUCUAUUAUCUACAACGGAAAUGGAUGUAAAAUAAGGCAAACGGUAAUUUGAUAUAUAUGUGUAAUCAUCAAGAAAUACUUGAUAAACUGGAUGUCAAUUAAAGCAAUUUUACAAUGUAAUCUUCACGUCAAUGUACAACAAACGUAGAAAUCCAGUGCGAUACAAUUCUUUGUAUACGUGUUAAUUUCAUCUUCGUCAUAUUGCGGAUGUAAAAAAGAAAAAUUCGAGCACGUAUAGGUCAUCAAAGCAAUCGUGAGUAAUAAACCUAGUCUAGCAACUAAUCAUAAAAAUAAUACCAAAUAAAACGUCGAUAUCAUCACUGCAUUCACGUGUACAUGUAUAACAUAAAUUGUCGUUGACUUAUACCGAAAAACCCUAACUUGUACGAAUAAAUAAUGAUUAUUUAUACAAUGAUAACAAAAAAAGUGAGAGAGCUCGUGUAAAUAUAAUGAUAAUGAUUAUUCUGUACAAAAAAAUAUAUAUACCUACACUAAAUCGAGUUAUGUCCUUAUUUUUUCAGCCUUAGAAAAUACCAAUGUUGAAGUAAAGUUGACGUGAGGGGCAAAAGAUACUGUUAAUUAUGUGAAAUGUCAAAUAACUAAGACGUUUAGAGAAAUCAUGUUAUUAUUAUUAAUAUUAUUAUUAUUAUUAUUGCUAUUUAUAUUGACGUGUUAGGAAACAACCAAACGUAU